GUUGUUUUUCACGGCACAAAAAAUGAAAGUAAAUGUUCAGAGUUGAUGUUUCUCCAUUUAAACAACCAGAAUCGAUUCUAUACAGAAUAUCAGUGUUUCAUAGGAACUUUUAUAAAAGCUAAGCCAUGAUUUACGUGCAGCUCCUUCAUAGAAAGGCGGUGGAUUUUGUGAAUCUGUGUAAAUAAGAGUCAGUGCUGGAGAUCAGAUUCUGUUUCAUCAUGGAUCACACACAAACAUCCACAGAUGAAGAGUUUUCUCCAGGACGCAGUUCAGUUCAGCAGAAGAGAUCAGAAGCAGAGUCCAGCUGUGUGUCUCUGAGGAGUGAAGCGUCUAUGAAUCAUCCAAUAAAGUUUAAGAGCGGAGAUACAAAGACUGAUCUCAGUUCAGUUCAUCAGGAGAGAUCAGAAGCAGAGUCCGGCUGUGUGUCUCUGAGGAGUGACCGGUCUAUGGAUCAUCCGAUACAUUUUAAGAGUGGAGAUACAAAGACUGAUCUCAGUUCAUUUCAUCAGAAGAGUUCAGAAGCAGAGUCCAGCUGUGUGUCUGUGAAUCAGCCAUUAGAUUAUAAGAGUGAAGAUACAAAGACUGAUCUCAGGCAUGAAGUCCUCAACAUGUUUAGAUCAAAUCUGAUGAAGAAGUUUGGUCGUCUGUAUGAGGGAACAGCGACGCAGGGAAACCCAACACUCCUGAAUGAGAUCUACACAGAGCUCUACAUCACAGAGAGUGAGAGUGGAGAGAUCAGUAAUGAGCAUGAGGUGAGACAGAUUGAGACACAAUCCAGGAGAGCAGCAACAGAGGACACAGCCAUCAAAUGCAAUGACAUCUUUAGACCUUUACCUGGACAAGACAAAGCCAUCAGGACUGUGCUGACAAAGGGAGUCGCUGGCAUUGGAAAAACAGUCUCUGUGCAGAAGUUGAUCCUGGACUGGGCUGAAGGGAAAGAGAAUCAGGACGUCCAGCUCAUAUUUCCACUGCCUUUCAGAGAAAUCAACCUGAUGAAGGACAAAACACUCAGUCUUUCAGAUCUUCUUCAUAUCUUUUUCCCUGAAACUAAAGAAAUGGAAAUAUCCAGUGAUGAAUAUAAAGUGUUGUUCAUCUUUGAUGGUCUGGAUGAGUGUCGUCUGUCUCUGGAUUUUCAGAGCGCUGUGAGGUUGUGUAAUAUAUCUGAAUCAGCCUCAGUGGACGUGCUGCUGAUGAACCUGAUUGUGGGGAAUCUGCUUCCCUCUGCUCUCAUCUGGAUCACCUCCAGACCAGCAGCAGCUGAUCUCGUCCCCUCUGAGUGUGUCCAUCGAGUGACAGAGGUACGAGGCUUCAAUGAGCCACAGAAGCAGGAAUACUUCAGGAAGAGAAUCAGUGAUCAGAGUCUGGCCGAUACAAUCAUCUCACACCUGAAGUCAUCAAGGAGCCUCUACAUCAUGUGCCACAUCCCAGUGUUCUGCUGGAUCUCAGCCGCUGUUCUGGAGAAGAUGUUGAGUCCAGCAGAGAGUGGAGAGAUUCCCAAGACUCUCACUCAAAUGUACACACGCUUCCUGAUCCUUCAGACCAACAUCAAACAUGAGAAGGACUAUGAGAAGAAGGUGACAGAUGAAGACAUGAUCCUCAAACUGGGGAAAGUGGCUUUUCAGCAGCUUGUGAAAGGCAACCUGAUCUUCUAUGAGGAAGACCUGAGAGAGUGUGGCAUUGAUGUGACAGAAGCAUCAGUGUACUCAGGAUUGUGCUCUCAGGUCUUCAGAGAGGAGUUGGGCUUGUAUCAGGGGAAAGUCUUCUGCUUUGUUCAUCUGAGCAUUCAGGAACAUCUAGCAGCUCUAUAUGUGCACCUCUCCUGGACAAACAACAACAGAAAUGUGUUUGACCAGAGUUUGUGGUCUAAAGUUAUGGACUGGUUUCAACUCAAUUCAUCAAAACAUGUUUCAUUAUCUGAGCUGCAUCAGAGAGCUGUGGAUGAGGCUCUGAAGAGUAAAAAUGGACAUCUGGAUCUUUUCCUGCGGUUCCUUCUGGGUUUGUCAGUAAAGUCUCAUCAGAUUCUCCUACAACAAAUAAUGACACUGAAAAGAAGCGGAUCUGACAGCAAUGAGAAAACAGUUGAGUACAUCAAGAUGAAGACCGGGACCAUUGACUCUCCAGAGAAAUCCAUCAAUCUGUUCCACUGUCUGAAUGAACUGGGUGAUCGUUCACUAGUGGAGCAAAUACAACAGUAUCUGAAAUCUGGAAGAAUAAAGCAAGCCAAUCUCUCUUCAUCUCAGUGGUCAGCUGUAGUUUUUGUGUUGUUGACAUCAGAAGAGGAACUGAAUGAGUUUUGUCUUGAUAAAUUUGUUAAAGGAAAGAAUGAGGCUGAAAAUAUGGAAGUUCUUCAGAAGCUGCUGCCUGUGAUUAAAGAAUCCAGAUCAGUUCAGUUGAGUGAUUGUGGCGUCACAGAUGAAGGUUGUGCUGCUCUGGCUUCAGCUCUGAGAUCAAACCCCUCACACCUGAGACACCUGGAUCUGUCUGGGAAUGAACUCGGAAAAUCAGUGAAUCUGCUCUCUGAUGUACUACAGGAUCCUCGCUGUAAACUGGAGAUACUGUGUUGGCUCGGCAGUGGGUCUCGUUGUCUUUUAGAGGUUGUGGCUUCAUACGCAGGUGAGGAGGUCGGCGCGUAUGGGUCUUGGGACAGCCAUCAUGUGGUAUCUGCACAGAGGAAGAAAGAAAACAAAAGACAGAGCAGUAUUUGUUCUAAAGACUGCAAACAUUAGGGUUGUAUCCUCUGUUCAAUCUGUGUCUGCUAUUGUUGUUCCUUCUUUCCCUAUUUCUUAAUUCCUGUGACACCUAAAGAACAGUGAGGUGAGGGUGGACUAGUGGAUGGGGAAGGCCUAUGAGGGGAUGUUCACCGCAGGGUUGGCCCCCGAAGCCUAUUGCCUUGGUUCUUCCCUGGGCUCCUCACUAGUCCAUGUGUCCUAACCUAUCCCUGUAGGUGGUGUGCAAACUUUAGUGUGUGACAUCUCCAUCCUCUAAUGGAACAUCAGUCAUAACAAACAUCAUAACCCAGAGAGGAUAGGUGAGUGACUGGAGUGUGCUGUAGUAUAGCUUUGAAGGCUGUGAGUGUACUUAACUAGCAUUCUCUCAAUGGAAGGAAGUGACAGUAACCUUCCUGUAGUUUUAUUUACAAAGAAUCUUUCAGCUUUGUUGUACAUUACUGGAAAAUUAAGCACUCACAGCCCUAACAGUUAACACCUGAGCAAACUGCUCCAACAGUUCGG